AUGAAUACUGCUCCUAAACUUAAACACUUUCUAUGGCGAGUGUUAUCGGAGGCCAUGCCAGUGGGUUCAAUAUUAAAGAGACGUCGAGUUUGUCAAGAUGAUGUGUGUAAAAGAUGUUGUGUGGUUGAAGAAGACAUGGAACAUUUGUUCUUCUCAUGUCCUUACCCUAAGUCAAUUUGGAGAGGAGCUGGAUUAUCUGAUCACACAUUUAUUGACCCUAAUAUCAGUUUUGAGCUUAAGAUUAAAGCCAUUAUUUCUUCUGUAAAUAAUACAGCCCUUAACCUGAUUGAUCGUCAACAGCCAAUAUGGAUUCUUUGGAGGAUCUGGAAGAGUAGAAAUCAAUUAGUCUAUGGGCAGCAGCAAUCUAGUUGGCAAAUGGACCUCAAACAUGCUAAACAGGAAGCACAAGAAUGGACGUUGGUAUUGUAUAAGAAUAAAGAGAACUGUGGAGUAAGUCCAACUGAAAUGGUAAGACGAUACUCACAAUGGCAGAAACCAAUACAAGGUUAUGUGAAGAUCAAUUAUGAUGGAAGUAGGCGUCUUAACAUGUCAACGGCAGGAUGGAUAGUUAGAACUGAUCAAGGCAUAUUCAUCGGUGGAGGUCAAAGUAAACGUGAAGUACUUGGAUCCAGAAGUUUAGAAACAGAGCUACAGGCACUCCUAAUGGCAAUGCAACACACAUAG